UCAGUUGAGUAGUGUGUAAAAACUGAUAAAAUGAAGUUCCGUGUAUUAAAUUGCGACAGCCGUCAAGGUAGUGCCUCUAAAUGCAGCUUUUUUUCCUUUCCUCGCAACGAUGCCGUGGCGAGAAAGUGGGUGGAAUUCUGCGGACAAGUAAAGCCAUUCAAUUUGGAUACCAGCUUCAUAUGCAUGAAGCACUUUACCGACGAUGAUUAUCAAAAUGUUAUGCAGUACAAAGCGGGAUUGGCUAAACGCCCGUUACUCAGGCGCGAUGCGGUGCCAUCCAUUUCUGUGUGUGCUAUACCUGUAGCAGAGUCUCAACCGCAUGAUGACCACAAUAUGGAGGUGCUUGAGCUAGGUAGUUGCGAAGUGGUUGAAAGCAAUACAGAAUAUCGACCCAAGGACGGUACUCUUGAUGCUUCGACAUCACCAAUUCGUAACUGGGUUUACUAUGACGGCGAUCUUCAAGAAGUGGAAAUGUUAAAAGCGGAAGUAGCGACAUUGAAGCGCGAAAAUGCAAUCCUCAAAAAGCUAACGCAAACCGCUAACUGA